AUGGGCCAGUGCGAACACGUGGAGAAGGUGCAACCGCUGACUUUUGAGGAAGAGUCCAGGAAGCUCACCGGUCGGGCAAAGGCCCGAAGUUUUCCUUUCCAUGGUGGAUCAGUAAAGGUGGGCGACUACUCAGGCGGCACAUGCGCCUUCUUCCUGGAAGAGGUCAGCAACGUGCCAUCCCUGGGCUCGCAGCCAAAUAUGUGCGGCGGAGUCAGCAGACAUCCAACAGUAGUGGUGUGGGCUGAAGCUGCCGGAAAGCCUCUUGGGCAGGUUGCAGAGUGGCCAAGCAAAACCUGUUUGCAUCCUGCUUGGUUUUCUGCUCGCAGUUUGGGGUUUCAGUUCAGUGCCCAGACAGCAUCUGCAAGCCUAUGCGUGGAGAUCCGAGAUGCAAGCUCUGUGCUUGGUUCCUUGCGUUUGCCGAUGAAGGAUCUCCUUCUGCACCAGAAGAUUGCACGACCCGUGGAGACCAUGCAACCAGGAAUGAGUCCUACGGUCUCGUUCCAGAUCUUGGACUGCAAAGAAGUCUUACAGCCACGGACAGUGUAUUUGGUGAGGCAUGGUGAAAGCCAAUGGAACAAAGCACAAGGCAAGCUGGACAUCCAUGGAAUGGUGCGAACUACGGACCAUUCCUUGUCUUCAAAGGGUCGCGAUCAGGCAGAGUCUUUGAGCCGCCGAAUGCAAUCAGAGCUCAACAAUGAGCUGGCUGGCGCAACUCCAAAUCUCAGCGUGAGUUCCAUGUUACGUCCCGGCAUCAUCAUGGCAUCUCCUCUUGGACGCGCACUGCAAACUGCAGUGAUUGCCUACGGACCAAUUCUUGCCAAGGCUUCGGACCAUCAGAGGGAGUUGAUUCUUGCUCCGAAUGCCAAGGAGAAGCAGAAUCUUGGCGGCUUAGAUACCCAUUGUACCAAGAUUGGUCAGGAGAUCCUGCAAGGAUGCCGGGAGGAGCUUCAAAGCAUAUAUUCUGGCACGGGCAAGGAAAAAAUGAUUGAAGCAUGUUUCGACCAAUUUCAGUUCGACCUUGAAGAGGUCGGAGACAGAUGGUGGCCCCAGGGCCAGUCUGAGUCUACAAAGCAGCUGCAGGCUCGUCUGGAAGAGUUUAUGUACCAACUCCUGUUUGCGUCCGACGAGUCCGUCGUGGUCUUUGGGCACUCGCUUUUCUUUCAGCAGUUGAUGCGCAAGUACUUCAACGAUUCCUACAGGCAAAAUGAGUUGGCUCAGCGCUUGAGCUUUGGAAAACUGCCAAAUUGUGGUGUUGUUCGCCUUGACUUGGAUCCAUCAAAAAUGCUGGAUGGGCCUUUCCUCAAGGCUGAACUUAUUCUGGGCACAGAGCUGUCUGCAGAAGGUGGAAACUGCGCUUUGACAUGUUGCGCCGCGGGGCACGACACCGCGAGCGAAUUCAGGGCAGAUGAGAUCCUUGCGAUGCCAGUGGAGAGCACCAUUGCGAACUUGCCUGUGGUCUCUGGUGCCAGCGAGGCACAGAAGGACGAGAAGAAGGAACAACCUGCUGAACCUCAGUCGGAACCAGCGAAGCCGGAACCACCGGGAGAACCAGCAAUGCUAGAAACAGGCCAGGCCAGUCCGGAACCAGCCAAGCUGGAACCGGACGCCAAUACUCGAUCCAACAAAGGAAGACAGGUCAAGAAGUGCUGUCCAUUAUGA